AUGCGCAAGGGAUUCAACAUGGCGAUCCGCACGCGAGUGUUUUGCCUCGAACCGUUCCCUGCGCGUCUGCACCCUUUGCACGUGGCGGUCAGCGAGUCCCAGUUCGCGCGGACCUUCUCGAGCAGCGGCGGCGCCACGCGCGCGUUGCUGUUGUCCUGCGGGCCGUCCACGAAAGCGUGCGUUCUGGUCUGCGCUCGCGCGGCGAGUGAGGACGAGGUUCCCGAGCGCGCGGGGAGAGUAAGAGGCGACGCGCUCGCCCUGUACGUCAGCAAAGCCUUCCUCCAGCACCACGGCGUGCAGGAAGACGCGCGAGGCACCGCGCGUCUCCUGCAGCCUCUGCCGCUGAGCAGGGUGGUCAUUGGCGCGCGCACGAGACCGAGCUUCAGGUGGGCGUGCUCGAGUCACUUUGCUGAUGCGCUGCACGUACUGGCGUCCUGUCGUGGGCAGACGCUGCUGGCGAGGCAGGGCGAUGCGUUGCUGCUGCCGUGCCACCCUCUGCUCGGCGAGGAUACCACACAGGUGCAUCAGUACCUGUCCGACUUAGUCGUGUUGGAGUGUGCACCCGUCACGCAGGGGGUAAUCACAGUGGAUACUUGCAUCGUGGUGUCGGACUGCAGGGAUCUUUGGCAAGGCGUCGUCAGCAGACCCACAAACGUGUCGUUCUACGUGUCAGAUUUUGCCCACUAUGCCAACAGCCUUGGGUCAGGCGGUUCUCUGCUGAGCAGUAAACUACUGGCCAACUCUGGGUUCACGGGUUUUCUUCAGGCUCUGGAAUGCAGGCUCGAUGUGCGCGUGGUUGACUUUGCCAGGCUUUGCAGGCAGGUCAUAUUCGGCGCGGGAGCGAGAUCCUGUACGGAGGUGGACGUGGACGGCACGGUUUUUGUGAGCAAGAGACUGCUGCUACAGCUGGGGUUGUUCAACGGCGAGUGGGUGUUCUCUGCCCUGGGUGCCUUUGUAGCAAAGGCUAAGAAGUCUUCAAGUACAGACGUGGCUCCAAGUCCCGUUGAUGUGGGAAACGGAAGAACCUCGAAGGUUCUGUGUCAGGCCAGAGGGGAAGCUCGGCUUGCCAAAAUCAUGGCGUUUGAGGUGGACACGCUUUCUGACAUGGAUGUAGGUGAUGAUGUAGGUUUCAUCUCGCCUGUGCACUGGUUCAACAUGUCUAAUGGAGAACCAGCACCUGUUGGGAGUAAGGCUGUCAAAAUAAAGAGAUGGAACAAGACACCAGUACAGACAGGGUUAAAACUGUCUGCAAGUGCAUGUUGUUCUGCUGCACCGUCCUAUGCUAAGGAACUACACCUUGAAGUUGUCAUAUCUCCAGACUACAUCUCCCAUGGACCCUUUGACAACAUUCUCUUCAAGCACUUUAGCACACCAAGACUUGUGCAACAGGGAUGCUUACUGGGAAUCCCAACACAAGGUCAUCCUGAACUUUUGGAGAACAGCUCGGUUGAAAUUACAAGGUGGCCUGUCUUGUAUUUUAAAGUAAAGCAGGUGAAGGGAUUUUCUGAGGAGGAGGAGGAUUGUGAAGAAGAAUCAUAUCUUGCAGACACAGACCACACCUCAUUGUAUAUGAGAGGUUCGACCAAUAGCAUGGCACCGUGCUGCAUCUCAGAGGUGGGCACAUCUUUCUGGUCGAGCCUGUGCCCUCCUGGCUUCUCUGACCCCAUAGAGCAGCUUGUCACCAUCAUGCAACCCCACCUCACUGACAGAGGUGCUACUCUGAAGCGAGGCUGUUCAGUUCUGCUCGUGGGUCCCGGCGGGAGCGGAAAGGCUAUGGUGGUUGGAGCCGUGUGUCGGAGAUUACACCUGCAUCUGCUCAAGGUGGACUGUGUGAGCCUCUGUGGAGACACAGCAGCUGCCUGCGAGUCCAAAAUGGCAGCAGCUUUCCACCGAGCUGAACAGCAUGGCCCAUGCGUGCUGUUGCUAAGGAACCUGCAGUUACUUGGCCAGCGACGGGAUGGAACUGAGAUGGAGUCCAGGGUUGUUUCUGCCCUUCGCCAGCUCAUAGCUGAUGUCCACUCAAGUGUAAUCGUGGUUGGGUCUGUUCCUGGCCAGCAGGAUUUGUCCUCAAAUGUGGUACCAGCCUUUGUGCACCAGGUGGCAAUAGAGAGUCACUCAGAGGAGCAGAGAAAAGCCAUGCUAGCCGGCCUCAGUGAAGACCUCCCUCUUGGAAAAGACGUCAGCCUAGCCAAGAUCGCUAAACAGACAGCGGGUUUCCUCUUGGGGGAUUUCUGUGCAUUACUCACCAGUGCGGGGAAAGCAGCUCAUCGACGUCUGCUUAUGAUUUAUUAUCCCCAUGGAGCCUAUCCCCAGGAUGAAGAAGACCUGUGUGCGUGUGGGGUGACCAUCACGGCGUCGGAUUUCACUGCAGCGCUGGAGACCCUACAGAAAAGACACUCCAAGGCCAUUGGAGCACCAGAGAUCCCGUCGGUGAGGUGGCAGGACGUGGGCGGUCUGCAGCAGGUGAAGAAGGACAUCCUGGACACCAUCCAGCUCCCUCUGGAGCGUCCUGAGCUGCUCUCCGCGGGCCUGCGCCGCUCUGGGCUGCUGCUCUAUGGGCCGCCCGGCACAGGCAAAACGUUGCUGGCUAAAGCUGUGGCCACAGAAUGCUCCAUGACCUUCCUCAGUGUGAAAGGUCCCGAGCUCAUUAACAUGUAUGUAGGUCAGAGUGAGGAGAACAUCAGAGAGGUGUUCCGCAAGGCCAGGGUGGCAGCUCCAUGCAUAAUCUUCUUCGACGAGCUGGACUCUUUGGCUCCCAACCGAGGCCGCAGCGGCGACUCAGGGGGAGUGAUGGACAGGGUUGUAUCCCAACUUUUGGCUGAGCUCGACGGGCUGCAUAGUUCCGGUGACGUCUUCGUGAUCGGAGCAACCAACCGACCGGACUUACUAGACCAGUCCUUGCUCAGGCCUGGCAGGUUCGACAGGCUGGUCUACGUCGGCAUCGGUGAAGACCGCGAAUCCCAGCUGCAGAUUCUCAGGGCCAUAGUGAGAAAGUUUAAGGUUGAGCCAGGGGUCAGCCUAUCGGAGAUAGUGGACCGGUGUCCUCUGCACCUCACAGGAGCAGAUCUCUACGCACUCUGCUCCGAUGCCAUGACGUCUGCUGUCAAGAGGAAGAUCUUGCUCAUCAGUGAAGGUCUGGACUCUGAGGACAGUGAGCUCACCCUGUGUGCUGAGGACUUCAGUUAUGCUCUGGACAUCCUGCAGCCAUCUGUGUCUGAGCAGGAGCUGCAAAAGUACAAACUCAUCCAGCAGAAAUUCACCGCAAAGUAACGUCUGAUUCUUUACACUUCAAGCAAGAGUCCUCAGUCUUUGAGUGGCAUUGUUCUUGGUCAGCACUGUCCACACCUGACCUUUCGGACAUGCGAC